GCCAUGGCGGGGGGAUGCUUCGGCCUGUGCCGGCUGCUCCGGGGGAAGAGGAAGAACAGGAGAGGCCCUGGAGCUGGCCCAGCUCAGGAAUCAGAAGAGGAGGAGGUGCAGCACUUCCAGUCACUGCAGCAGGAUCCAGGCCGGGACCGCCCAGAAGAGCAGGACCGCGCCCGUGGCCGCUUGCGCAGGGCAGUUCAGAGGUUGCUGAAAUUCAUGGGUGUUCGGCGCAGAAGAGCCACGACCGCACCGCCCGAGCUCACGGCACAGCCUGACACCAGCGCAGCCGAGCUCGAGGCGGAGCCUGAUGGCAGCACUGCACCAAAGGAUUGUGCAGCCAGCGGUGACAUGGCACCAAAUGAUUGUGCAGCCAGCGGUGACAUGGCACCCAUGGAUUCUGCAGCCAGCAGUGACAUGCCAAUGACCGAUGGCACAGCAACCUCGGACAUGUCAGUGACUGAUGGCACAGAAACCACCGACAUGGCAGCCAUUGCUUGUGCAGUCAACUGUGUCAUGGUACCUACUGAUGGCACAGACACCGCUGAGAUGGAACAGCUCGAGGGCACAGCAACCACUGACACAGCAGAGCUCGAGGUAGAGCCUGAUGUCAGCACUGCACCGAGUGACUGUGCAGCGAGCAUUGACAUGGCACCCACUGAUAGUGGAGCCACUGGUGACAUGGCACUGACUGAUGGCACAGCAACCUCGGACAUGGCAGUGGUUGAUGGCUCAGAGACCACCGACAUGGCAGCAAUUGAUUGCGCAGCCAACUGUGAUGUGGCGCUGGCUGAUACAAUGGCCACCUGUGACAUGGCACCAUUAGAGGGCACAGCCACCUCUGCCACAGCACCAAUGGAUGGCACAGCCACCCCUGACACGGCACAGACCGAGGGCACAGAAACUUCUGACAUGGCACUGACGGAUGGCACAGACACCUGUGACACGGCACUGACCGACACCGAGGCAAGCACUGACACGGCACCAACGGAUGUCAGGGUUGACGCCACAACUGAGAGCAUCGCAGACACUGACUGCACACCCAUGGACAGUGUCACUGAUGCUCCCAGUGUGGAUGUUUUGGAGGAGAAAAGUGUCUCCACAAAUGAAGUGCCGGCCAGUGUCAGCCCCAUCCACCAGUGGCUCACAUGCCAGGAGUCUGCAGAGGUCAGGCCGCCCAUUGCCAUCCGCAGGCUGGCCCACGCACACCCUGGGCACGUGGUGACGACUCUCCUGCACUGUGCCCCAGCGUGUGACAGAUCUGCUGCAAUCCUGUGGAGGACCAUCGCCUCCUCGUCCACCACAGCGCACAAGGUGCUGCCCACGCUGCUCGGGGUGAUGGAGGACUGGCCACUGCACAGCGUGUCCACCUCCAGCGGGGACCACGUGGACGUCUUUGCCCUGGCUGCAACCCUGGCCCUGUGGCUGAUGGUCCAGGAGCCCCAGAGCCAGGAUGCACUGCUGGUUCAUGCCCCUUGCCUCCUCCUGGCUCUGCUCUACCAAGUUUCAAUGAGCACAGAGCAGAUGCCAGAGGAGGUCAGCACCUUCUGGAGGGGAUGCCAGGAGCAACACGGCCUUCCCACCCACCCCAACAGCUUUGUGGUGCAGACCAUCCAGGCCCUGCUCUGGCAGCUGCAGUGGGACCAGGAGCUGGUGUCAGUGGAGCGCAAGCGUGGCUGGGACGCGCUCCUCUCGGCUGACACCCACCACUACGCGGUGGGGCUGCUGGCCAGGGAGAUGCGCCGUGUGUUGGUCCCCUCCUAUGGCCCGCUGGCAAGGCACCUGCUGGGGCUGCUCAGCAGGGAGGGGCCCCGCUGGGAGCUGCCUGCCCUGGCCUUCCUUGUCGAGGUCCUCGACUACCUGGACGUGAGCACCUGUCACGACAGUGUCCUGCAGAUGCUGGCAAGGCACCUGCAGAGCCAGUGCCCAGAGAGGCGGCGCCUGGCUCUGCGAGGGCUCCUGGUGCUCAGCGUGGAUCCCUCGAUGGCCAAAGGCAUCUGCAGCCUGUCUGAGCACCUCCUGGAGUUGCUGUGUGAUGGAGAUGGAGAGCUGGUCACCAUGACCCUCUCCCUGUUCCGGAAUGUGCUCCAGGAUGGAGAAAACAGUGACGGGUUCAGCUCCACUGCCCCGAGGCUGGCUGAGGCGCUCCGGCCAGUCUUUGACAAUGACAACAGCCACGUGCAGCUGCUCUCCAUUGGCCUCUUCCGAGAGGUGAUGGAGCUGCUGGCGGAAGAGGGAACAGAGCCCUGGCAGAUGCAGGUGCGCCAGAGCCUGGUCCCACUGUUCUUCCGCUGGCACGACGAGAACCAGCGCGUGGCAGAGGCCGCUCGGGAAGCGCUGCUCUGGGCUGCAAGCUUCCUCAAGAGGAAGGACCUGGAGCAGCUGCUGAAGACAGAGCAGCCCUUCAGGUUCUGUGAUUGCCUGAUGGAAAAGGACGUGAGCCGAAGGGGCGAGCACCUGCAGCAGGCCCUGGCCUACCUGCAGAGCCCACAGGAGCCCCUGCGAGAGGCGGCCGUCAGGUUCAUGGGUGAGCCCCAAGGCCGCGGUCCCUCCCCGCCCCGCUGCAGCUCGGCCCCAGCCCCGGCUGCUGCAGCGGCAGCAGGAUGCGGCCCAGGGAUGUGCUGGGGAGCCCCGAGUGCCCUGGCGGCUGCUGCCGCCCUCUGCCAGCCCAGCCCCGGGGCCUCCCGAUGCGGAGCCCCUGGGGCCCUGACA